AUCUGCCGGCGCCUCCUAACAGUCGCUCGAGAGAAGUUGUUCCGUUCAGUCCGAAAGUCUUUUGUUCCGAAUCAUGUCUGUGCCGCCAUAUUUGCACUUUACCCAAAUCGGGGAUCCAGUACUCCGUCAAAUAGCGGAGGAAGUGCCGCCCGAAAGCAUUGGCACCGUCGAGAUCGAUCAGAUCGUGGAUCGCAUGGUAAAAGUAUUGCGUCACUAUGACUGCGUGGGCGUGGCAGCACCCCAGGUGGGAGUGCCACUUCGGAUCAUCGUAAUGGAGUUCCGUGAGGGCAAGCAAGAGCAAUUCAAGCCAGAGAUCUAUGCAGAACGCAAAAUGUCAACGCUUCCCUUGGCGGUGUUUAUAAAUCCGGAGCUCGAGAUAACCAGUAGCGCUGUAAACAAACAUCCCGAAGGCUGUAUGAGUGUUAGAGGCUACUCGGCCCAGGUGGAGCGCUACGACAGGGUGCGCAUCAAGGGAAUUGGAAAGCUGGGAACUCCUUCCGAGAUGGAGCUGGAGGGCUGGAACGCGCGCAUUGCCCAGCACGAGGUGGAUCACUUGAAUGGCAAGAUCUAUGUGGAUCGCAUGGAUGUUUCCACCUUUAAUUGCCUCAGCUGGCAGCAGAUUAACGCGGCCGAAGGACGUUCCGCCAUUUGGUUUCACAAAUAAAAUAAAAUGUUAAACACUU